AUGGUGAUGGAUUUAGAUGAGUUUUGUCCUACGGAUUCAGAAUUACUCACAUUCCUUUUGAGGUUUAUUGCUAAAGAACCAUUGCGUGAUGAUGGUUUUAUUACAGAGUGUGAUGUUUACAAGCAAGAACCAUGGCUAACUUAUAGCUAUGGUCGCCACUCAUGUGGAGAUAUUACUAGUAGUUAUCGAUACUUUAUUACACCAAAUCAUAAGAAAAGACGCAGAAUGAUUUGCAGGAGUGUGGGUGACAAUAUUGGCAAGUGGAUGCAGAAAUAUGAUUCCAUUAAUAUUAAUCGUGGACGAAAGAAGAGUCUGAUUUAUGAUGAUCGUAACAAUAUGUGCAAGUGGAUCAUGAAAGAAUAUGUGCUUUCUGAAACUCUUUUUAGAAAGUUCAACAAAUCUGAGUAUAGAGAUUAUGUUAUUUGUGCCAUAAGAAAGAAAUCCGUCAAAAAGAAUCUCAAAACUAUCGACUCUCAUGUGGUGGACGAUAAAGAGGUAUAUUUUGUUGUUGAAGAAGAUUUGAUGCAGACGAUGUUCAAUUUUGUUAAAGAACCAAUAUUGGUGGAAUCUAUGAUCACAGACUUUGACAAGUUGAUGUUAGAAAAUUAUGAUCCUGAAACAUUAAUGGAUAUAUCCGCGGUGUUAGAGAAGAACCAGACACAACAGGAGACAAAAGUAGAAGAAUGUAGCUUGGUUGCUGAUAUUGUCGAAGCCAUGUUAGAAUUACAAGUCGAUAGAUAG